AUGACGCCAACCCUUGCUGAUAUAACCUCAGCUAAAUCACUAGCCCAAUCAUUCAUCACAUUCCUACACGCCAGUCCCUCUCCUUACCAUGCAGUUAAAAAUCUAACCAGCUUAACAUCCACACUUAAUCAUCCAAUAACCCACUUAACGUUGACUUCAGAAUGGAAGCUACACCCUGGCAAUAUUUACACAUUGUGCAAAGGAGGUUUUAUGGCAACCUUCCAUAUAGGAAAAGAUUUUAAACCUGACAAGUGUUCAUUUAAUAUAAUUGCCAGUCAUACAGAUUCUCCAUGUCUCAAACUGACAUACAAUCAUUCAUCCCUGGAGAAGGGUUUGUAUCUUGCCAGUGUCCAGUGCUAUGGUGGAGGACUAUGGAAUACAUGGGUAGAUAGGGGGUUAGGAUUUGCAGGCAGAGUCACUGUUAAAUCCGCUAAUACUACUAGCAAAACGACUAUAUUGGAAGAGAGGUUAAUUAAUGUAUCAAAACCGGUGUUCUACAUACCUAAUUUGGCAAUUCACCUUAGAACUAGAGAUGAAAUGUCGAAUUUCUCACUAGAUUUGGAAAAACACCUUAAACCCAUUGUAUCAACACAGCUUUUUAAGUCGAGUAUUGAUGAUGAUUGUCCACCACUAAUAUCUUUUAUUGCAAAGGAAUUGGGAGUUAAGCAUGAUGAUAUUUUGAAUUUUGAUCUAUUCCUAGUGGACACUCACCCGCCAGAAUUAGGCGGUAUAUAUGAUGAAUUUAUCAAUUCUGGAAGGUUGGAUAAUUUGACUUCCUGUUACAUCACUCUGAAGGCUUUUAUAGAAACAUUAAAUGCGAAAAAUGAAAACACUACAGUUGAGUGUUUGGACGGUUGCAUAACAGUGGUGUUACAUUAUAAUUAUGAAGAAGUAGGCUCUCAAGCAGGCGAAGGUGCUUUCAGUUCUACUACAGUGAACUUUUUGAAGAGGAUAUUGCUAAAUUUGGACUGUAAUGAGCAGAUGAUAAUGCCUAUAUUCACCAGAUCAUUUGUGACUUCAGUUGAUAUGGCCCAUGCUGUCCACCCUCUCUUUCCCGAAAGGCACCAAAAGGAGCAUCAACCACAACUACAAAAUGGCAUUGUCAUUAAAAGUAACCCCCUACUCCGUUACGCCACGGAUAUAAAAUCAUCCUGUAUCAUGGAACUAUUGGCAGAGAAUGCGGGCAUACCCAUACAACAUUAUCGCGUCCCCAAUACUUCACCUUGUGGCUCAACUAUUGGACCUUUUUUAUCCAGCAAACUGGGUUGUGACACUGCAGAUAUUGGCAUUUGUCAAUUUGCUAUGCAUUCUAUUCGUGAGUUUUGCGGAAUACUCGAUUUACAAUAUUUAUUACAUUUUACCAAGGCUAUUAUUACACACUUACCCGAUAUACACACUUCAUAUACUUCAGCAUAA